CUGUUUCUUUUUGUCAGUAGUAAAUUAAUUAACGUUGCAAAAAUAAUAAAGCACUCGUCGCGAUUUGCAUUGAGAAAUUUCUGUUUUAUAGCUACGUAUAAUAAAUCAAAGUUGCGAAAUAAAAUGGAUAUUCCACUUACGGCUGUUCGGUUACACCGAAUGGUUCAUGGCUCUUCUGGCUUGCAGAGUCAUUUUCUUUCUCUGUUUAUGAUUGAAAAUACUGCUAUGAUAUGUUGUUGUUUGUUAAAUAAUGAAUAUUUUUUGGGUGGGAGUUCCAUUAAAUAAUUUCAUAUCGCAUCUAAGGAAAAGUAAAAAAAUAUAGUCAAAAAGGAAAAAAGAUAUUUUUAUACAUUAUCACACUAUUAAUUUAUUUGAAAAAUACAUAUGUCUAUGUUUUUAGAAUUAAUAACCUGAAUAUUCGUUAUUAUAAUAUUUAUCUUAAAUAACAAAUAUGAAUUGGUUAUGAAUCAGUUUGGUAAAUGAAGUUGUUAGAAGCUCGUUAUUAAAUUAAGUGUCAUUGGAUUGUUAAGAAAUAAACCAGGUGAUUUUUAUCUGUUCUUUCUUCAUCUUAGUACUUCACUUCAAUUUAAAACCCAAGUUAAAUUUAGAUUCAAAUUUUUCAAUUCAAAUCCUUAGACUGAAACUCGUGUCUUGAUAGUUUGAUAUUUUCUUGUGUCUAAUAUGUCUUCCUUCCAGGUGUUUUUCUUUAAAUGUACUAAUCCAAUAAAUGAGUAUGUUCCAGAUUGAUUAACUUGUAGGAAGUAUAAAUUAUGCAUAUGGAAUUUUAACGACCUCUCAAAUGCCUAUGAACGAACGACUGGAAUAGUAUAGAUUUAAAAAAAAUGAUUUAAGGAGAAGUAACACGUAUGAAGAAGUCAUAUUUGAGUCCCUUCUAUUGGUAUCUAACUAUAUAUAUUUAUAGAAUUGUACUAAUUUUUGUAUGGUUUAAGUUUGUUUCAGGAUAUUGUGAAAUCGACGGAAUGACAUUUACGUCCCUCGCUUGCCCUAUACAAUGGGAAAUACAAUUUCCCAUUCCAUCCCUUUGUGAUAAAUAGAUCUUUUUUAUAUCAGACCCCCAUAGAUAGACCUUUCAAAUUUUCUAGUCAGGACUUGUAAAAGAACCUUCUGAAUCCUGACCGAUAUGGUUAAUGGAGAAGCCUUCAAAUUUCUCACAAGUAGGAUUUAAAAAGGUACCAAGACUAGUGAUAGUUAGGAUCUAUAAAGAUCCUGUUCACGUCUCUGAUACAUAGGACCUAUAAAAGAAUGUUUUAUUUUGUUUAAAUUAAUUUAAAUUCAAGUUCGUUUCAGAAAUUUCUACAAGACUACUAGGAAGAUACAAAGUAUUUACAGAUACAUGUAUAAAGAAGAAUUUCACAAUGCACAACACUGAAGAUAUCAUAAAAUAAAAUUUCAUAAAAUACCCAUUCUCCCUGUCCCUUUAUUAUGUUUAAAUAUAUGGUAAUUAGAACUCACGAGAGUUCUGUAUUAGGUAGAACACAGAGGGGGUUUUGAAAUUCGUAGGUAAAACAAUUUUAAGCUGCUUUUGAUGCUUGCAAUGGUUUCAAUGCUUCCAAUGCUUUCAAUGCUUUCAAUGCCUGUAGUUAGAUUUGUAUUAAGUGCAUGCGUGAUUAUGGGUGGCAUGUGAAUGAUGAAGAAAAUUAGUAUAAUUCUUCAUGAUACGCAUUUUACCUUUUGUUAAACACUUUUAAGCGUCAAGUAUUCUUCAUUUCUUUGACAAUAAAGAUGUAAAAAGAAUAUACUGUCUCUUAAAGAAAUAUAAUUUAGUUUAAGAUUUAAUUUGUUUUUUACUUUUAGAUGUCGAAAUCGGUUUAGUUUCUCGCGUCAGUUUCCUUAAAGUUCCUUUUGGUUUGUCGUUUGCGCAGCGACCGAAGAAUCGAACGUUUCGCAAACGCACACGAAAAGUAGAAUUUGCUGUAAUUUUUUCUACGCAAAAGUAGUACAUUUUUGCGUAAAAGGAGGGUGGAUGGGAUCGUGGAUAGGGUGGGUCUCCACUCGCAGCAACCUCCACGUGGUGAGACCUGGACACUUAGUAUUAUUUCAUAUACAAUUGCUAACUGUAUCAUUAUAUGUGAUAGAAUUAUGAAUUGUAUUAUAAAUAAUAUUAUGAGCUGAUUGGCUGUGAUCGCGAUUGUAUCAUGUAGUUGGAGCAUUUGUUAGAUAGCUUCAUCGAUUUCUGCAUAAUCAUGGAUUUCUACCUCGUAGUUGUUUCAUACUGAAACAUUUCAAUAGUUAAUAAUAUCAUGUCUUUCCAAGUUUAUUCUACGAUAUAUUAAAUUCUACGUUUAAUUCUGUGUUAAAAUAAGCAACUUUUGCACAAGUAUUCGCAUUGUAGUUGUAUUGUUCACAAUCUCUUAAUAAUCUACACAAUAAAGUUUAAUCUUAAUUUCAAGCAUAAUCAACUGUUGUAACUUUCUUUUGUGAAUCAUUCAACAAUUCAUUAGAUCGUCUGCGUUUAUGCGUGUAACGAACGGAGAUCUCAUGGCUACUGGCUUUUAUCGUUUUCGAUUCGGUUGGGAUUAAAUAGAGGUUGAAAACUGAUAUGACAUGUAGAUAAUUUCUAUGUUCCCCUUAGCAAAUCGCAGAUGGCGUAAGAAACAAGUCUGGUCUUUUUCGAUGUCGGUAUUUCAGAACCCGUGAGACGUAAAUUCUCAUUUCGUCAAGUGUCGCGUAUAUCCUUUAUGUCGACGAUACGAUCCACUAAUUUGCCGAUCUACUGUUAAAAAUUGUUAGAAUGUUGGUAAAAUGUAGGCAAUAAAUACGAGCCAUGAAAAAGUAAAGGUCGCUAGUAUUGAUUCGUUUGUUACUUAGAAAGCGGUAGCUUGAGGGGCAUCGAGUUAUCGCAUCACCAAACAGAAAUUCUCUUACAUAACGACUGUUGCAAUACAUAAAUUUUCGAUAUCUGUCAAGGUGCUCCUUGACGAAAGUCCCUAUGACUUCACGAUCGACAGAUCUAACUAAUACAAUUACGAGGUGCUUCCAAGAAGGAGAUUCUAGUAUAAGGAUUCAGAAAUACGUGUCAAGGAUUUCUUCUUUAACCAACGAAACGACGAUACUUUGACUCGAACGAGUUGCAUAAAUUGAUUACACACAAUUACCAGAUAAACUCUUGCGUACAAGAUACUAGAAAUGCCCGGAAUGGAGAAUGUAACCAAUCUCGGUCUUCGAGUGGAGAAAUUCAAGAAAGAUUUCCUCAAGCAUUACCAGGCCAAGUUUCCAAUCUUGUUCCGUAUUUGUUUUGAUCCGAUAGGCACUCAUAAGAAGUCGCGUGCCUUUAUCGGUUUCUUGCUCGGAUUUUUUAUGGCUGUUCUUCUAUACGAAUGCAUUAUCGUCGACCUGCAGUUCGACGCGUAUACCAGCGUGUACCUUGGUGGUAUUUUGAUUACGAUGCUGUCAAUUGGAUGUGCCUUGUCGAUUCAGGUGAGGUGUAUUUCCAUCUUGACGAUACCAGCGUUUUUUGGCCGAGCGGGUCGAAGUAUGUUGAGAGCACUGAUUUUUGGAUACAUCAUUGCCGGACCAUUGUUUAAUUUAGUGUAUAACGCUAAAGAGGUGGUAAGAACAUUCGGCUGCACUACACAGUUGACGUACAACCUUACCAAGACAAGAUUUGAUUUAAUGUUCAAACCGUUUCAACAGGCGAUCCUUGCUAUGAAAGCGGAUGCAAAUGAGAUAAAAGACACGCUUUCUUCGGUGAGGGACUUAAUGAGCCCGAUUGUCGAAGAAGUGGAGGGGGAGGAAGAAAUGUUACGAUUAAAGGAGGAAAACGAUUAUUUGGACGAGUUGCAAGGUGAUACAAAAAGAAGCAAGGAAAUCGAAGAGAAGCACGAGAAAAAAAUUGAAGAAGCCAAAUCAGAUGCAGAAAUAUUUGAAGCUAAAUAUAAGAAAAAAAUCGAAGCUCGAUGCGAGGAGCAACUUAGUCGUGGUGCAGGAAGAUGUAGGGACAUGUUCGGCAAUGCUUACGACAAGUGUUACGAAGCAGUGAGCGUAUUUGUUGCUUGGCUGUUGUGUUGGCCGAUGAAAUUGACUUUCGUCUGUAAUCUGGUUCAAGCACUGGGUGGUUCUAGUAUCUGUGAUCCUGAAGGAAAGGUUGAUAGUGGCAUCGGCGAAGGAUACAUCGCUUUGAAAAGUGCUCGGGACGAAUUCAGCCGAAGCUUAAAGGACGCGAAGCUGCAGUACAAAGUGAGGAAGCCGCCGGUGAUUUUGGAUCUUCAGGAUUCGGCGUAUGCUGCCAGAGCGGUAAUACACGAAUUCACAGUGCGGAGAAGAUUGUUCCAGUCCGUGAUGACCAUCGUAAAAAGAUGCUUGUCCUUCGUGUUUCUAAAAAUCAUUCUCGACGCUCAGAGAUACCACGACGAAUAUUUGAAUGACAUUGAGUUCGACAAUAUAUAUGUGUCGCCCUAUUUCCGCAAGAUAGACGCAAGAAGAAGGGCACGUGGUAGUAUGACUCUGUUGCCGUUCAAGAAAAUCGAGAGGAGAAAGUUUGUUGAUCCUUACAGUGUGAAACCGAGCAAAACCGAAAGGUCUCAUUUGACUGGACAGAUAGUCAAAUUGCUUCUUGAGCUCAUCACGGCCAGUGUUUUCGUUAUUUUGGAUUGGUUAUUUUAUGAAGUGUUGGAUUUAAUCAGGAGGCACGCUUAUAUGGAGUACGCUCAGGCAGGUCACCACGACCUAAGUUUGGAAAUUCGCGGAACGGGGGUGAUCGCAUCAUUGAUCAGAAACGCGAUUCGCGGUUUCAACGUGAAGAAACGAAUUAAAACCGUGGUUUCGAACAGCGCGUGCCUUCCUCGACCCACGAAACUACCCGCUUACGUAAUCGUCAGGAUCUACGGUACCUUCAUCGCAGUUUUCCUCCUGAUCUUCGCGUCCAUCUACACUGAGAGAUUACGUCGUGGCAUUUGCUCGUUCUUUUAUCGAAGAAGAGAAAAGAGACGAGUAUUGUACCUGUACAACGAGAGUUUACGACGCAGGCUCUCGUACACCAAGUUCAUGAAGGCUAAGGUGAAGAAUAUGGUGAGAACGCGUCAUUUGGAGAACGAGGUGAAUUUCUGGUUGGCCGUGAGACUUAAAUGGCCGGAUCGUUUUGGAUGGCUCAAGUACUUCGCCUGUGCCAGGGAAAGAUGUUUAAUCUGCGGCGAUCCGGAGCCUAGAAAAGGGCCAAAGUACCGAGCAUGCAUCACUCCAGGCUGCCCCUUCUUGCAUUGCGCUGAAUGCUGGAGGGACGUAGGAAAGAUUUGCUACGCUUGCACUGAAUUUUCCGAUACAGAAACGGAAGAGUACGACACCCAACGCAGUGACUUUUAGUUCAGUUAACCCGCUGUCGACCAAGCAAUGGAAUAAUUCGUACAAAUUGCCUAAGCGCAACAUUAUUGAUAAACACAGUAACUCGCUCGACAUGUUUGAAAAAAUCCUUGAGACUCGCUUUUAUAAUCACAAUGUUGAAAUACAAUGAUAAGCAACAAAGAUUGCAAAUGAAAUGCUGAGUUAAUGCAACGUUAAUCUUUAAAGAAUUAAAGACUUGUUGAAGCUUUAUAACUAAAGACAUUAAUUAAUAAGCUUAAUUAUUGAAUUAUAUUAUAUGGAUGGUGGUACUGUAAUUAUAAUCAUUCUUUAUUUGUGUACUAGGAUACUAAUUAUUGAAUAUGAAUGCAUUAAUCCCUUA